AUAAAUAAUUUGCAUUACUUGCAAUCCCAUAGUCAUUGACUCGACCUCCCCAAUUCACUGAGUCAACUCGCCGCCAUGUCCGAUCACCAACGAAACCGAAAAAUCGACCCUUUUCUCCUCAGCUACACCGCCGACGAACUCCUAAUUGCCUAUGAGUUUCUAUCUAAUUGGUUCCCCUUUCUCUCUCGUGGCCUCUGCCAAAGCUGUACGCUCACACUCUCCCGUUGCAUUCGAUCACUCGACCUUGAGGCUGCUGGUGAUGCAGAACGAUUGAAGCAACAAAAGAAAUUUACAGUUUUGACUCCCGAACUGCCUGAUUUGAACUACUGCAACGGAAAUCUUGACAAUUGUGUCAACAAUUCACUUGGGAGUUGGAAAGAGGGUGCUGACUUAUAUGAUACUGCAGAUACAAACUCAUUGGGUAGUUGGAAAGACUGCGCAGAUAGCUCAGAACGUUUGAAGCAACAAGAGAAUUUCACAGUUUUUACUCCAAAACUUCCUGAUUCGAAUGACUGUAAUGGAAAUCUUGACAAUUGUAGCAACAAUUCACUUGGGAGUUGGAAAGAGGGUGCUGACUUAUAUGAUGCUGCAGAUACAAACUCAUUGGGUAGUUGGAAAGACGGCGCAGAUGGGCCACAGCGUUUUGAUGAGGCAUCAGUGCGUAGGAAUAGAUCAGAUAGUUAUGUAGGUGGUGCAGAUCCCUCAUCACGACCUGUUGAAGAGGCCUCGAGAAGUAAAACAUUCAGCUCACCCAUACCUGCGGCAAGCAUGAGGAUGAAAAUGUCAUGGGCAGAUAUGGCUCAGGAGGAUGAGCUUGAUGCUGAGGACAUUAGUGAGUCGACUAGCUGGAGUAGUCAGUUAGGUAAUGGCAAUGGUGUGAAUGAAGAGGAAACUUCUAUUCAGGAGACUAAGCGAAAAACGGAAUUGUCAAGGGAGCAAAGAGAGCACAUUCAGUUUUGUAAUGUAAAGAGCAAAAAGGAUUUCAUUUGCUUGGAAAGAGUUAAUGGGAAAGUUGUGAAUGUACUUGAUGGCGUGGAGCUACAUACUGGUGUCUUUAGCAUGGCUGAGCAAAACAGGAUUGUUAAAUUUGUAGAGAAGCUUGAGGAGAUGGGGAAGAAUGGGCAAUUAAAAGAGCGAACUUAUACAGCGCCACAGAAAUGGAUGAGGGGCAAGGGACGUGUGACAAUCCAAUUUGGUUGUUGCUACAACUAUGCUAAGGAUAAGAAAGGCAACCCCCCAGGGAUUCUCAAGACUGAAACUGUUGAUCCAUUGCCUAAUCUUCUUAAAGUCAUGAUUAGAAGGCUUGUAAGAUGGCAUGUUAUGCCUCCAAAUUGUGUCCCAGACAGCUGUAUAGUCAAUAUUUAUGAAGAGGGGGAUUGCAUACCACCUCAUAUCGACAAUCAUGAGUUUGUUCGUCCAUUUUGUACUGUCUCAUUACUUAGCGAGUGCAAUAUAGUGUUUGGAUCAAAUCUGAAAACAGUGGCUCCUGGUGAGUUUGCCGGUGCAAUUGCAAUUCCUUUGCCAGUGGGGUCUGUUCUUGUCUUGAAGGGAAAUGGCGCUGAUGUGGCUAAACACUGUGUGCCAGCUGUUCGUACUAAGAGGAUCUCAAUUACAUUUAGGAGAAUGGAUGAAUCUAAAAGGCCAAUGGGAUAUGUUCCUGAGCAGGAUUUACAAGGUCUUCAGCCAUUAUCCUAUGAAGCAGAUAGAUAUGAGAAUUCAAACACCUCUAAAUCAAGGCAUUCUACCAGAAAACAGUCGGGAAGACAAGAAGAGAAUAAGGAAACAGUAAAGAUAUCAAUUGAGAGGAAUUUCAAGCCACAUUACUUUGGUCGAAAUCGACAAGGACCUGCAGAUACGCGAAGAGUCUGGGUGGCUGUAAAUAAGUGAAUGCAUGUUGUGACCAUUUUGAUUGCUUUGGUGGGGGGAGAAGGUUAAUGUUGAUAGCUUUGCUUAUAUGUGCAAUUCAUAUGAUGUUGAUAAAAGUAUAUCCAUAAGAUUCGGUUUCUACAAAUGGAAAAGAAAAAGAAGUUUUGGUUUCCACUUA